AUGCUAUUUGCUGUACAAGACCAUUUGGAUGUAGUGAAUGCUAUUUUCGAUGUUGAUGUCAGUUCAAUGACGAUAGUAAGGAAAAACGGCAAAACUGCGUUGCACAAUGCUGCUAGAUACGACAUUCAUCGCAUUGUAAAAGCACUUAUUGAAAGGGAUUCAGCAAUUGUUUGCAUCAAAGAUAGAAAGGGUCAAACAGCACUGCAUAUGGCUGUAAAAGGCCAAAGUACUUCAGUAGUUGAGGAGUUUUUACAAGCCGACCCGAUGGUAUUGAAUGAACGAGAUAAGAAGGGUAACACAGCUCUUCACAUGGCCAUUCGGAAAGCUCGCUCGGAGAUAGUGAGCUUUCUGUUGAGCUAUGCAUCGAUGAAUGUCAAUGCCAUCAAUAAUCAACAAGAAACAGCGAAUGAAACCAUGGAACUUAAAAGAGCUGUGAGCGAUAUAAAGCACGAAGUGCAGUCACAACUAAUACAGAACGAAAAAACUUGCAAACGUUUGCCAGGUCAAUACAGAAAGCUACAAUCGGAGGCAGGGAAAGCGAUGAAUUUAGUCGAGUAA